AACAAUUUUGCUCGAAUACCAAUGAGAUGAACGCCUCUGCGGAAAUAGAACAGUUUUUUGGUGUGUAUUUACUGUAUAAUGUUAACCCGCAGUUCAAAGGGCGAACUUAUAUUGGAUUCACAGUGAACCCAAACAGAAGAAUUCAGCAACACAACAAAGGUAAACAGGCCGGGGGUGCGUGGAGAACUCAUGGACGGGGACCGUGGGAAAUGGUGCUCAUCAUCCACGGGUUCCCUAAUGAAAUAUCCGCCUUGCGGUUCGAGUGGGCGUGGCAAAAUCCAAAGAAGUCUAGAAGGUUAAAACAUUUGCCAGGAAAAACUAAAAAGGAGAGCCAGUUUCAGUACAGAUUUCGGAUUGUUUCUGUCAUGUUAAACACUUGCCCCUGGUGCAGGUUUUCGCUAACCAUCAGGUGGUUAAAACAACAAUACAUACAAGACUUUCCUUUAGAAUUCAGUCCACCAUCACACAUGCCCAUAGCUUACGGCCCAGUUAGGAUAAAAAAGAAUGCUUCAAACAGCAGCAAAAGCAAACCUGACGUGUCAGCAGAGCUAGAACAAGACAGUGAUGAAGAAUUCUUAAGUCUGUUAAAGAGAAAUGAGAAACAUGUCCGAUGUAGUUUUUGUAGACAACGACUGAAAGACAAUGAUACAAUACUGAAGUGUGUUCAUCCACAGUGUUCAAUGCAGGCCCACAUAGUCUGCCUGGCGAAGAGAUUUCUCACAAACCAGCCAGGGGAGCUGAUCCCAGUGGAUGGGAAAUGUCCUCUGUGUAAAGCAGUGGUUCUGUGGGGAGACCUAAUCAGAGCUAAACAAGGCUGCUACCAAAACCUGGAGGAAUGCACAAGUGCAGAGGAAGACACGGGGGAGGACUGGACAGAUCAGCUGCAGAGUCAGGUCACUUAAAGUUUGACCUUGGGCAGAGUGAAAACUUAUCGACUAUGGACAGUAUGAAGACUUAUUUUCAGUGUAUAGAAGAUCAAUAUCUCAGGAAGUCAUUUGUUUAUGUUAGUGCAUCACCGAGCAUGAAAUUUUAUAAUACAUGUCUGUCAUGUGAUAAGUUUGGUAGAUAAAGCAAUUUAUGGUCCGGUUCAUUGUUUUGCAAUUCUUGUGCACAAUGUUUAGUUCAAAUAAUACAUUUAUGUAUAACCUUUUGAGUGUUAUAAAUUAUUAAUUUCUAUUCUAUUCUUUUAAUUCUAUAUCCAGUGUACAAUUUAUUCUGUGCAAAGCAUCUAACUAUUUAACAUGAUUAAAACAAUUUAGAAAUUACA